AUGCCACACCUGCCACGCUCUUCCCCGCUUUUCUUCCGAGCUUUUCUUGCGUCGACUUUUUUAUUUCUGGACAUCACGACACACCAACUGUCAUUGACUCUUUCUCAUAUAUAUUCUAAUAGAGCGUACAAGACCAGGACAAUGUCCGCCCCGAAAAGUUACCACACUCAAGCCACCGGCGCAGCGGCUGAGACGGUAGCGAAUCACUCCAAAGAAUCGGAUUUGAAGUUGUACGGGAGUUGCUUCUGCCCUUUCGUGCAGCGUGUCUGGAUUGCCCUGGAGCUCAAAGGCCUUCCUUACCAGUAUAUUGAGGUUGACCCAUAUAAAAAGCCUCAAUCAUUGCUCGAUGUGAACCCAAGGGGCCUGGUUCCAGCAUUGCGGCAUGGUGAAUGGGGGUCGUAUGAGAGCUCUGUGUUGCUCGAAUAUCUUGAGGAUUUAGAGGUUGGCCCUCCUCUCCUUCCUCCGGGUGAUGCGAAGCUGAGAGCGCACUGUCGGCUGUGGACUGACUUUGUCAACCGUCACAUUGUCCCUAGCUUCUAUCGCGUGCUCCAAGAGCAAGAUCAGCAGAAGCAGAUUGAACAUGCACAUGAACUCCAUAGCUCAUUCAACACGUUAAUAGAAGUCGCCGACCCCGAAGGACCGUUCUUUCUUGGACCGGAUCUCUCUUUUGUGGAUGUCCAAGUUGCGCCCUGGAUAAUCCGCUUGAACCGCGUUUUGAAACCAUACCGUGGUUGGCCGGACCCGGAACCAGGAACUCGAUGGAGCGCUUGGGUGAACGCUAUCGAGGCCAAUGAUAGCGUCAAGGCGACGACGAGCUUGCCGGAUCUUUAUCUUGACAGCUAUGAGCGCUAUGCCGGUGAGUGUCCUUAG